AUGAACUGGAAUGUGAGACCAACGCAGAAUACUGGUGCAAAGAACCUGCCAAGUGAAGCAGCCCAUUACACUCAGUUGCUUUCUAAUGCUCAUGCUUUUCCUCAGACAAAUGCCUAUUCCUCUAAAAACGCAUGCACUUAUGGUGGAAAUAACCAAAUGAUGUAUGCACCAACUAGCAAUGUUACCUACACUAUUGUAAAUGCUGAAGGAUUCAGUGCUUCAAAUCAGGCCUUAACAGGAGCGUCUGUAGCUGGUAAUGACUUUUUUAUCACAAAACACUCAGUUGAUCGUCAUUCAACAUCCUGCGUACCAGUGGCUCCAAAACCUCCCAAUCAGACAUCACAUUUGUGUGCAGAGGUGACUCAGACUUCUUGGCCAAUCUCUAAUGCCUACGUUUAUUCCCUUACAAAGUUACCACCCCAGUCUUGUCAAACGAAUGCUGGAAAUAACUUGAGGAAUGUACUUCAGGAAACUCAGUAUGUUGCCACAAACAGUUACGUUGUGCAGCCACAGAUACUGCAGCCUAAUUCUGUGGGAACUACAAUGUUAUAUCAAAGUAAUGUUCAUUCCCAGAAUACUUCUGUGUCUCUUGGUAUGUCUGGGCAACAUGUCCAAACCCAAAUACGUAAUCCCAACUCUCAGUUUGAAGUUUUGCACUCACUGAAUCAAAAUACUGAAGCAAAUGUACAGCUGCUACAGUAUCAACCGAAUCAGAUGGGAUCACAGGCUCCUAGUGGGUGUUCUCUGUUGCCAGCCAACUGUGAUUCAAGAGCUGUAGCCCAGUCUUCAAUGGGUGUACCACAGGCAGUUCAAAAUAGAUACAACCUUAGUCAACAAAGACGCCCCUCGGAUCCAAAAAAUGCUUCUCUUUUUAAUAGUGUUCAGCAACAGCAAUCCGGAGAAGUCAAUCAAUCAGUUAGGAAUGUCUGUAAUUCAGGUGGAAAUGUGACAGCAAAUCAGCCUUUUAAUGAAAUGUGUGCACCACCCUCUGGUAUUUCCAAAGAGCUAUACAAAAUUGUGCGAGAAUUGGAAAGUCUUUCUUCAGCGUCUGCUUCAAAGCCUCUGAGUCAUACUGCUUCAGUUCAAGAAAGCCAGACCAGAAAUUUAACAAACGAGCCUGUUAAUUCUCAGAUUUCCACAGCAGCAGCAGUUGUAACAUCAAAUGCAAAGGCCAGUCUAGCUUGGGAAGCUCAAAAGCUGCUCACUAUUAAAAAAAAAUGCAUCUUGCUUGAAAGGAUGCAUCAUUAUAAAAGAAAACUCCUAGCAGCUUCAGAACAUCGCAAAAGUACUCCCCCACAUCCUCCAAGUUAUCAAAGUACUCUUGCUAAUUGUCUUCCACAGGUGCCCAACCAAAACGUACCACCUUCCCCAUCCGAAACAGUGAGGACAGAGAGUCUAAUAAGUAACCCUUCAUCUGAAGGAAGAAAUGACAAAAAUGUAGCCAGUGCUGAUAACAAAGGUUUAGAGGUGACUCAAAGUAAGGUGGAGCAGGGAAGCCUUCCAUCCAGCUCUGCUCCUGUUCCCUCUCAGAGCAAACUCCCAGCUCAGUUAAAUAAACUUGAGAGCACCCCCAUCUUGGAACAAAGGAAGGCACAUGCCUUGGCCUCUUCUCAAAAAGCUGUGAAAUCCUUGAACAAUGCUUCAUGUUUUAGUCAAGUAGAUGUCUCUGCCAAAAACACGUCAAAAAAUAUGCCAGCUUACCCUGAGAACUCAUCGUUUUUGCAGUUUGUAUUGAGCAGCACAAAUGUAUUGAAGGAGAAGACAGCUGGUGCUACUGCUGAUAAAAUACUGACCAGUCUCCUAUGUAAGGAAAAACCACUGGUAGAUUCAUCUAUCUUGAGUGGAAGCCUACUGAAAGACACUGGUGAGAAGAGCACGGAAGGUUUGAAAGGUGAGCAGGCAUCUAAGGUUCAUACACACGCUCCUGUAUCAGGAGCAACUGAAUCCGGUGGAGCUAAAAUCCAAAGUGAUGCAGCUCAGAAAAAAAAGCCACUUACUGAAAAUGCAUCUUUGAAACAGAGCACUUAUAGUAUGGAAGAGCUAAAUGCGUGCUUGGGCUUAUGGAGAAAGCAUCCAUCGGAAUCUGUAAACAUGCAAAAUAGCCAGUCGAAAGAGAGCGUCACAGCAAAUUGGAUUUCACCUUGCAGCCAAAACACAAAAAAUAGAGAACAAAAUAAUGUCCUGGUUAGUGCAGGUGAAGUAAAUUUGCCUAUAACAGCUGCCUCUGUAGGACAAAAACUUGAUACAUCUGGUUGCAAUUUGCUAAAAGGUUUUGAACUCCAAGUUGCAGUUGUCUCUCCUUUAGUACUUUCUGAACAGAGAACACAGAGUGAGCAGGCAGGUAACUGUCCAACGUCUAUGGGCGAAACCUAUCCAGCGAUUGACUCAGGAAACACAUGUUGCUUGCAAGAAGAGGGGAAAAAUGGUUUAAGUGUGGUAAAUAUUGAUAAAGGAACAAUAGAAGCUGUUCAGUCAUCACCCAGUGAUUGUGUUCUGGCACAGAAGGUGGAUUCAAAUUUGCAACAAACCAAAUUAGCUGAUGAAAACAGAAUAGUACAAAACAGUGCGAGUGCAAGUGAUUCAUACAAUGAAGAUGAAAGGAAAGGCAGUCAAUCUGCACAAGAUGCCAGUGAAAAUCUGCCAUUUGGAUUACAAAGCAAGCCUCCUCUUCCUGAAUUGAGCCUCAAUUUUUCUCAUCAAAUCUUUCAAGAAGGCAUAAGAGACCAUAAAGACAAGAAAGCUGUGUUAGAGACGGGAGAUAUAUCCACAACUGUGCUGGAAGAACAGAUGAUUUGUAUUUCUAGUGUAUGUUCUCUUGUUGAAGGUGAUGCAUUUUAUAACCCACAGAUAGCAAGUAUCUUCAGGUCAGUCCCUGAGACACAUGCGUUAAACGGUAUCUCAUCAGAAGGAAAUACAUGUGACCCAAAGCAAAGGGAUCAACGACUGGACUUGUAUAAAAAUGAGCUGAGCAGUAACACUCCCCAAAGAGAGACCUUGCUGCAAAAGAUGUUGGAAGAGUCCUCGAGCUCUAUGAAUAAAGCAGGUCAGAUUAGAGAUGGUAUCACAACUAGUUAUUUGGAGAAAGAAGGCAGUGGCAAUCCUCCUAAAAUGUUUUCUACCUCAGAACAAAAAAUGUCACUCGAUUCAUCUUUCAAACAUGCUGAAAAAGUCUUGGAAAUUCCUGCUAGUAUAAACCAGCAGUUAGCUCAAAAAUCACUGGAUUUCUCGAUCAGCCUAAGUGCUGAAACAGAUGUGUUCACUGUUCCAAGAGACAACGGUAAACAAAAUAACAUGUCCAGUAAAAAUAGCCUCGAAACAGAGAUGGACCUUUUUGGAGCAGAACCUGUUAAAUGUCUAAACAAUCAGCUGUGUGAGCUAAUUAAAGAGUUUCCGUAUGGUAUUGAAGGUGCUGACUGGCUGACAAAAGAUUCGGUACAAAAGCAUUCUGUGGCUGAGCGGACAGAGGAGCAACCUCAAAAAGAGACUCAAAUUUGUGACAGAAGUUCUCAAGCGAAGGAUCCAGUAGAUCAGAUAAAAGUUGCGGUGUUAAGCUCGAGUCAGAUGCAAGAACUGUCUACUGAAUGCAACCCAUGUUCCUCUAGUGACAGCAAGAGGGAAGCGAGCCAACAGGCAGAAGAGGCUUCAGCGGAGAAGGAGAGCUUUGAAGGCAGUAGUCAGCCUAGUCAGACUCCCUGCGAAAAUCAAAGAAAACCACAAAAAACCUCCAACCCUAGUGGAGAAAAAAAUGAAGAUUGUUCUUUAAUGGAUUGGCAAUCUGCAGCAUGCAAAACACCACAGUGGUCCAAUGAAACUGGAACGCUUGGUUCAGAGAAAAAUGAUGGUCAGCUUCCUAAAGCUGAAAAUACUGGCUCUGCAGAGAAACAAGAAAACAACACUAAAUCGGAUGCUGUAACGAAGAGCAGCUGUGUGGUGGGAAAUCUGCCAGUUUCGGAAAAAAUUGAAAAAAAUGUUGGCAGUAGUAAAAAAGAUAUUUGCAAAUACACCUCUGUAAUGAACGAAGAAGCUGUGCUGAAGGUGAAUGACGACUACAACCCACUUACCACACAGCAGGAAAAAAAUGGACUUCUUAAUUCCUCUGAAAACCAGGAUGAUGAUAAAUCUAAAAGGAGCAGCUGGAAGGAAGACCUGCAAAUCACCAAGCGAACCCCGUUGAUAGGCAAAGAAUUUUGUCCUGCCAAAAAACGACAUCAGACAGCCUCAGAAGAGUUGCCAGAGAAAGCUAGUCGUGCAGAUGCAGGCAACGUGACGAUGUCAGCAAAAAAAAAAGAGGGAGUUUUCAAAAUUGAGUCCCUUUCAAAAGAUAAAACUAAGACAGGUUUGGCCAUGAAAUCUAAAACAGACAUUCACAAAUUUGCAAAGUCAGAAACUGUCAAAAUUAAGCAGACUGAAGUCAGUCAAGGGCAAAAAAUUAAGACCUGGAAAGAGAACUCGACUGAAGAACAGAAUGGUAGGAGAGAAAAGGAGAUACUUGGGCAAGAUGUAGGAAUUAAUAUCAAAGAGAGAGCCAAAUUAUCAGCAGAAAUAAAACCUAAAAAGCUGAAUAGUAGUCGUGUUGAUGCUAUAAAGUUUCCAAAUUUUGGUACUGUAGAUUUAAAGUCAAGAAACCCCAAAUGCUCUCCGCAUAAAUCCGUCAAAGUUCAUUCUUCACAGGAGCAGUCAUACAAACGGAAGAUGAAGGAAAAUUUGAUUGGGAAGAGAGACCCUAAGAAAGCAAAAGUGGAAGAGGAAAGACUGAAACAAUCUGAAGCAAAGAAUUCCAAGCAGCUUACACAUAAUUGCAUAAUAAAUACUGACAAAGCUAAAAAAUUGAAUGGAGAAAAUAACUGGAAACCGAAGAGUUCAUUAGCAGAUCGUUCUGUGCUUAAACUACAAAGAAAAAGGGCUAGAUCUUCUACCAUCUCUAAAAACUACUUUUCUAACAAAGAGAAGCAUCUUGAUGGUCAAAACAAAGACAAGCGCUCCGAGAAAAUGUUUCCUGAUAAAAACCUGCUAUACUUAAAUAGAAGAAAUAAUAAAUUAAAAUUGCAUCUUCAGAAGGAGCCAAAAAUACACUACCUAAACAGAGUUGCAUUUAAACGUACGGCGCAGGAACGCAUAUAUCUGACAAAAUUAGAGACAUCACCUGUCAGACCCGUCUGGCAUACAAAGCCCAAAGUGUCACAAAACAGCCCAGAUGUGAAAAGAGAUGCUUCUGUCGCAGAACUUGAGAAAUCGUGCAAACCGGAUCUCCUUGAAUUUAAGCUAUGUCCAGAGAUCCUGUUCAGAAAUCCAACUGCUGAUGAAAAAAACUUAGCUGCGAAGAAUUCCCUGGAAAGAGAGAAAGCCACUGUGGCAGGUGUCAAGAGUAAGAAAGAAGAUUGGUUAAAAUGUGAUCCAAUGAAGCAAAAAAAGCUGGAGGAAAACUCUGCAGCUGAGGACAGUAUUCCACUUGAUACAGCUAUGCAGAUCCUGGAUGGAGAUGGUGAGGCUCAUCACAUUCCAAGCAAAGACUCAAAAGAGGUGUUUCAGACCUACAGAAAAAUGUAUCUGGAAAAAAAGAUGCAAAAGCCUUGA